AUGGCGUUGGCCACUAAAAGAUCUGUGCUUAAAUCGUCGAUAAUAAAGAUUUCUAAGAUCGCUAACGAAGUACCAGAUGGCGCUGAUGUAUUUGAGCUUGAAAGCGCGUUUGACAGGUUAAACGAGUUGUUUACAAAAUUCGAAGACGUUCACAUGUCGAUAUUAGAAAUAACUGGAAAGGAAAAUUUAGAUUUCGAAAUUAUCGAAUACUCAGACACUGAGGCAUUGGUGCUCGCUUCGAAAGCAAAGCUGAAACGAGCAAUUAAGGCACUUCAACCUCAACAAGAGCCGCAACCUCCACCGCAAGGAGACAAUUUAAAUCAAAACAGAAAUGAUUUUUCUGGUCUAAGAGUUCCACGCAUGGAAGUACCUGAAUUUACCGGAAGUUAUUUGGAGUGGCCGUCAUUUCGAGAUUUAUUCUUAUCGCUGGUUGGUAAUAAUCCUAAAGUACCGAACGUUCAGAAGUUAUCGUACUUAAAGACGAUUGUUGUCGGUGAGACUUCGAAGUUGAUAAAGAACAUCAAAAUAACGAACGACAAUUACCAAGCCGCAUGGGAUCUUCUAGAAGGUCGCUUCGAAAACGACAGAUUAGUAGUUCAUGAGCUUCUGGAGAACAUUUAUUCAAUUCCGAACGCUACUGGUAGCGCCGAUGGCAUCAAGUUGAUUUUAGAUACAACAAUGGAAUCGAUCCGUGAGUUAAAUAAUUUGAAUCGUCCGACGGCCGAAUACAGCGAUUGGCUGGUGUUCCUCAUUGUGAAAAAGUUGGAUUCUUUAUCCUUGGAAAAGUGGAACGAGCUAAUAGGCGAUGAACGAGCGGUAAUUGAGUGGACAAAAUUAGAAGAAUUUUUGAAUACUCGCUUCAGGAUACUAGAAGGAGGUGAACCAGACUCAAAACGAACACCAUCCCAUCAGAAUUUAGCAAGGACAUCGUGUCACGUAUCAGAGAGUCACGCGAAGUCAGACAAGCGUGUUGAAAAGGCAAAUGUCAAAUGCUAUUAUUGCAAGGGAGGCCACAGAGCGAAGUCCUGUUUUACAUUCAAGAAGAAGAAUCCUCAAGAGCGACGAAAGAUGGUAGAAUCAGCAAAUCUAUGUGUGAAUUGUCUUAGUCCAAGUCAUAAGUUGAAUGAAUGUGCAUCGACGCGCACCUGUUUCAAAUGUGGGCUUCUUCAUCAUUCGCUUUUACAUUUGGAGUCUGUCCCAAGGAGAGAAUCAACGGUUAAAAAAGCGAAUCAUUCCUCGACUCAAGCAUUGGAAUCAUCGUCAAGUUCAUCAUCAUCAGCAUCGAUUGCAAACCAUCUCGUGGAUCACAUCAUUGACACAAACAAAGACAUUUUACUGGCGACAGCUGUCAUUGUUGUUAAUCUUGGUUCCGGAAAAAAGGUAUUUUUGAAAGCUUUACUUGAUCAAGGUUCACAAAUGUCCUUGAUAUCAACGUUCGCUGCAAAGAGACUUAAGUUACAAGCAGAGGUGUAUCAAGGAAUUCCAUUGACUGCGGCAGGCGGUGAAAAAAUUGAAACAAGACGAGGAAUCGCUGAAUUUAGUUUUGGCUCAAGGAUCAACGAUUCGCAAUUUCAGACAACAGCGCUGCUAGUAGACACUGUUACUCGAUAUCAGCAUUCAAAUUACGGCGCUUUUCCCGAAGCUUGCAGGCUUUUCCCAAAAAUCGAAUUGGCCGAUCCCGAGUAUGAAGAUUCGAGUAGAAUUGAUGUUUUAUUGGCUGGAGAUGUGUACAGUCAAGUUGUGUUGGACGGUGUGAAAAAAUUCUGUGGCAUUUUGGUACAAAAUACGAGUUUGGGCUGGAUUUUGUCUGGUCAGUACAACGCAGAGAAUCGCUUGAUGCCAAGCAUCAAUAUUCAUCAAAUGAGUUUUCCUUUGGAGCAAUUACUACGCUCAUUUUGGGAAAUUGAAGAGAUUCAACCCGAUGAAAGGAGUUUAAUGUCGGUUGACGAAUUGGCCUGUGAAAAAUUUUAUGAAGAGUCGCAUCACCGAAAAAGCACUGGUCGUUAUGUUGUUCGGCUGCCAUUCAAGUUGGUCAAAGAAAGCAAAGAACUGGGUUACUCAAGAGGACUAGCAGUUUCCAGUCAAAUUCGUAUGGAGAAUCGUUUCGAGAAAAAUCCAGUGCUGAAAGAGAAAUAUCACAAGUUUAUGGAUGAGUCAGUCAGAUUGGGACACAUGGAGUUGGUAUCAGAAACCGAUUUACAAAAGUCAACAAGCGAGUGUUUUUACAUGCCUCAUCACGCAGUGCUACGCGAAAGUUCAACGACCUCUCUACGAGUGGUGUUCAAUGCGUCUCAAAAGUCGUCCACUGGUGUAUCGCUUAAUGAAUUGUUGCACACUGGUCCCAAAUUGCAGUCUAAUUUAUUCGAUAUUCUUGUCCGUUACAGAAAGCAUAAAGUUUGUUACAUGGCCGACGUAGAGAAAAUGUAUCGCCGAAUCUUUGUGCAUAAGAAGGACAGGGAUUAUCAGCGCAUUGUAUGGCGUAAAGAUGUCAAUCAGCCACUAAAAACUUAUCGUAUGCGUGUCGUAACAGAUGGUAUGUCAUCAUCGCCGUUUUUGGCAAUUCGAACAGUUCGACAACUGGCGGAAGACGAAAAAGAGAACUUUCCGUUAGCGUAUGAGCCGAUAAUGACGGAUUUAUUCAUGGACGAUUUGGUAUCCGGUAGCAAGGAUAUUUCAUCUGGUAUAAAGCAAAUUCGAGACAUAAACAACAUCUUUAAGUCUGGUGGUAUGCAUAUGAGGAAAUGGUCGUCGAAUUUCGAUGAUGUUUUGACAGAAAUAUCGCCUGAGGAUCGUCAAAGCUCUCCAAUCGAGUUCAGUCAGGAUGAAAUUGUCAAAGUUCUUGGGAUUCAAUGGUCACCGUCGACAGAUACUUUCGGAUUCAAGGUUCGACUGCCACCAGUCGAGAGUACAACAACAAAGCGUAAAUUUCUGUCACAUGCUAGCAAACUGUUUGAUCCGUUGGGAUUUAUGGCACCUUGUACCGUAAUCCCUAAAAUAUUGUUUCAGAGACUUUGGGAAACAAAGCUGAAAUGGGAUGACUUGCUUCCAGAUGACAUAAGAAAGCGUUGGGUCAAAUUUCAUGGCGAACUACCACUGUUGGAGUCAAUCCAAAUCCCUCGAUUUUUUGGAUUAUCGGAUGACAUUGGAUCUGGUGCAUUUGAGCUUCAUGGGUUUUCCGAUGCGUCAGGUCUCGCCUAUUCUGGUGUCGUUUAUACACGAGUUCAGCAUCCAGAUGGUACAAUACAGGUGCAAUUGUUGGCUGCAAAAACGAAGGUGGCUCCGGUGAAAAGAAUCACGAUUCAUUGUGGAGAACUCUGUGGCGCACUAUUGGUGAGUCGUUUGUUAAAGAAAGUUUUGCUUUCGUUAAAGGUUGCCGAUGUUUCGGUUUAUGGAUGGACUGACUCUGAAGUUGUCUUGGGUUGGUUAAAGAAAAGUCCUGGAACUUGGCAGCAGUUUGUCGGUAACAGAACGGCUCAAAUAUUGGAUAUCGUACCAUUCCACCAAUGGGGAUACGUUGAAUCGAGUCAAAAUCCUGCUGACUGUGCGUCGAGAGGUAUUAUGCCAAGUCAAUUGGUGUCGCAUCCGUUGUGGUGGAAAGGACCAAGUUGGCUUAGUGAAGCCAAGUCUCAAUGGCCAUCCACAGUUAACCCACUGCAAUUGUCAACUACUGAUAUCAUGAAGAAGAAGUCAAUCAUGAAUUUGGUUGCAGUAGAUCCGAGAAAUCAAUUAUUGGAACGAUAUUCAUCAUUGCGACGACUUGUGCGUAUAACAGCGUGGUGUAUGCGAUUCGUUACGAACAUACGACAAAGGAUUUCCGACAGAUCUGGAGGGUGUCAAUCAUCAGCGCAGCCAGUCUGGGGGCUGCGGAAACAAAACCUGCAUCAUGGGGGACUGAGGAAAUGCAUGUCCAGACACCCGAACACAGAUCUGAAUUCGGUUCAAUUCCUAACUGCUGUUGAGUUGCGAAAUGCACUCAAGAUUUGGAUCCGAGUGGUUCAAGAAUCUGCUUUUGGUGCAGAAUUGAAGAGAUUACGAGCAAACAAGCCCGUUCGCCGUGGGAAGCUAAGGAAGUUAAAUCCAAAAUACGAUCAUCAAGAAGGUGUCAUCAGAGUCGGAGGCCGCUUAACAAAUGCUCACAUUUCAUACGACCAAAAGUUCCCGAUUGUUUUGCCGAAUGAUGGUUCUUUGACUCAGUUACUUAUUGCCGACGCUCAUAUCCAUACAUUGCAUGGUAACGUUCAGCUGAUGUUACAAUAUUUGAGGCAACAUUACUGGAUUUUUGAUUCGCGACGAAUCGUUCGGUCAUUUAUUAAGAAUCGAUGCAAAACGUGUCUGAAGUGGUCAAGCACGAAGCAAAAACAACAAAUGGCUCCAUUACCGCGUCCGAGAGUUCAAGCGUCGAUAUCUUUCACUUUUACUGGAGUGGAUUUCGCUGGUCCCGUUUACAUUAAAGACAAGGGACGUGGAAAGAAUCAAUCGUUGUCGAAGGGCUACAUAGCUGUGUUCAUUUGCUUAUCUACGAAAGCCAUCCAUUUGGAAGCUGCUGAAGAUUUGUCAACUCGCGAGUUUAUAGAAACGUACAAGCGGUUUGUUAGUCGUCGGGGGAAGCCUUCGAAAAUGCACAGCGACCAUGGUUCCAAUUUUGUUGGUUGUACAACUGAGUUAACGAAGGCACAAGAAAGAGCAAUGCGUCAACAGAUGGGAGAAAUAGCCGCGUUACUGGCUGAUGAUGGAAUUGAAUGGGAAUUCAAUCCUCCAACGGCAAGUCAUUUCGGAGGAAUUUGGGAAGCAGCAGUGAAAUCAAUGAAGUUCCACCUCAAACGGAUUGUUGGAUCAGCACAUCUUACGUUUAAGGAGCUAACAACGCUUUUAUGUCAAAUCGAGUGUGCGUUGAAUUCGAGACCAAUAUGCAGCUUGACCGAUGAUGUAGACGAUUUGAAUUUCUUGACGCCAGGACAUUUUACCAUGGGGAGGAACCCAACCACUUUGCCUGAAGAAUCUUUUAUCGAUAUCAACGAGAAUCGCUUAACCAAAUGGCAACGGCUUCAGCAAAUGUAUCAGAACUUUUGGAGCAGCUGGUCGAAGGAAUAUUUGUCGAAUUUGAGCGAUCGUUCGAAAUGGUUCGAUACCGAAGACAAUUUGAAGAUUGGCGAGCUGGUUAUUUUGAAGGAGGACGAUUUACCACCAACUAAAUGGCUCAUGGGUCGUGUUAUCGAGGUGCAUCCAGGAGGCGACAAUUUGGUUCGGGCGGUUACAGUUCGCUUGAAAUGCAAACAUCAUACUCUAACUAGACCGAUUCAUAAGCUCUGCAGGUUGCCGUUUUUGCGCUCCGAUGAAUUGGAUGUCGGACUUUAG